GUAUUUAAAUAGCGUACAGUUGAUCACUUACAUAAAUAUUAAAAACUUUCUAUCUCACUCAUAUCACAUAAACGUUCUUCAAAAAGGUAUAUGCUUCUUCGUUAAUGAUUAAAUUUAGUCUCUUAUAUUACGCACGGAUAAUGAUUUUAAUUGGUUGUAAAUUGAGGGAAUAUGAACUGUGUAUGCAUUUACAAUAUUCAUAAUUAGAAAAAAAUUACAACCUACAACCGACUUCAUCUUAAUUAUUAAAUACGUUCAAUUCGAUAAAAUUGUAAUAUACUUAGAGUUAUUUAACAAUAUGGAAGAAAUAUUAUCAAAAUUAUUAGUGUCUAACAGUAAAACUAUUCAAGAGGGUACCAAAGAACUUCGAGAAGCCUUUAAAAAACCCGAAGCAGUACCGGCGUUAUGCGAUGUACUAGUAACAUCUUCUCACCCGCAAAUAAGACAAUCGGCUGCUGUUCUUCUAAGGAGAAAAUUCGGUAAAAAGAGAUAUUGGAGCAGAAUCAAUGUUGACAUAAGAAACAGAAUUAAAGAAGGUAUGCUUCAAGCUUUGGUAAAUGAACAGGAAAAAUUGGUUAAAAAUUCGAUUGCUCAAUUUAUUGGUAUUAUAGGAAAACAUGAGUUUCCUGAUAAUACUUGGCCUGAAGUUUUGCAAUUCAUCCAUACUUUGACUAGCAGUGAAAAUAAUUUUGAUAAAGAGCUUGGAAUGUAUACUCUUUCAAUAAUGACUGAAAUUGCUCAAAGCUCAUAUAUAGUUCACGCAGAAUCUUUUGCUAUUCUGUUCACAAAUAUAAUCAAUAACGUUACAGACUUAAAAUCAAAUUUAGCAUAUUAUACAGUAAUCACAAUGAAAAAUCUUGUGUCUGUUAUUGGUGGACAUCAGCAGAUGAUCAACGUAUAUCAUUCUCUAUUACCAAAAAUACUUCAAAUAAUAAACACGAUGGCAAUCGAAGAUGAAAAAAAAGCAGUAGAUAUGUUUGAACUUCUAGAAGAACUUAUUGAAUUUGCUGUUAGUGUGGUGGCGCCACAUUUGAAAUCAAUAAUUGAAAUGUGCCUUCAGUUAGCUAGUAACAGUGGUACACCGAAAUCUGUUCAAAUCAAAGCUAUCAGUGUUGUGGGAUGGUUAAUAAGGUCGAAAGGAAAGGUAGUUCAGAAAAAUAAACUUGUUGAACCUAUUAUCGACGUUUUGAUACUUUUAAUGGCCCAAAAACCGGAAGAUGAGGGCAACGAAGAAUAUUUCAUGGGUGAUCCAGAUCAAUUUACAUCCAUUACAGCUGCAACUCAAACUCUAGACCUCAUCGCUCUUAAUAUCCCAGCUGAGAAAGUAAUACCUUACGUUUUGACUAAAGUAGAGCCAGCAAUACAAGGUGGGGAAAUUUAUUCUCAGAAAGCUGCGUAUUUAUCGUUGGCUGUAUUAGCCGAAGGUUGUUCAGAAUGCAUUAGAAACAAAUACCUGGAAGCUUUCCUCAAAUGCGUUUGUUCAGCUAUACACAAUCCUAAUGCAGUUGUUAGAAAUGCGGCGUUCUUCGCUUUGGGGCAGUUCGCUGAACAUUUACAACCAGAGAUAAGUCAAUACGCCUCAGAAUUAUUACCGGUGUUGUUUGAAUGUUUGGGACAAACUUUUAUACAAAUGGAAGCCGAGAAAAAAGAUCCUCCGAGUUUAGACAGGUUGUUUUAUGCUUUGGAAACGUUCUGUGAAAAUUUGGAUGAAGGAUUAUUGCCUUAUUUGCCUACAUUAAUGGAAAGAAUAUUCGCCGCAUUGGAUCCAAACGGUUUUUCUCUUCAAUUAAAAAGAGUAGCACUGAGUACAUUAGGAUCAGUAGCUAGUGCAGUAAAAGAAGGUUUAUUACCAUAUUUUUCUAAAGUCAUCGAUAUUUUGAAGGUAUACAUUAAUUCAGAUCCGAAUUCUGAAAUUCACCAAAUUCAGUGCUAUGCAAUUGAAUCUUUGGCAGUUGUAGCACAGUUUAUUGGUCCUGAAAACUUCCGACCUUUAACUGGUGAUUGUUUACAACUGGGAUUAAAAAUAUUAGAGGGUACAUCUGAUCCUGAUAUAAAUAAAAGUGUUUAUGCCCUUUUCGCAGCUCUAGCAAUAAAUAUGAAGGAAGAAUUAAGUCCGGCUUUGCCGAAAAUAGUGAAUGAAAUGAUUGGAAGUAUUCAAAGUAGUGAAGGAAUUGUGACUCAUUACGAAGAUGAAGACAAGGAUGAAAUAGAUGUCUAUGGUGAGUUGUCAGAAGAUGACGAGGAUAUAGAAGAAGACAUAGACGGUUCUUCGUCAGGAAGCGGAGAUUCUACUCAAUGUCGAUAUUCCGUAGAAAAUUCUUAUAAUGAAGAAAAAGAACAAGCGUGUCUAUCCUUAAAGGAUAUAUGUUUAAAUACAGGAGCUGCUUUUCUUCCAUAUAUCGAAAAAUGUUUUGAAGAGAUUUUCAAAUUAAUCAACUACCCGCAAGAUGAUAUUCGGAAAGCUUCAGUGGAGGCACUCCUCCAAUUUUGCAUAACAUUAUACAAAUACAGUACUCCUGAUAACAAACAAUCUUUGUACAGAGCGUUACAAAUGUUUGUACCAAAGUGCGCUGAAUUAAUAAGAGCAGAUGAAGAAAGAAGUGUAGUUAUGGUAUGUUUGGAUUCUUACACUACACUUUUAGAUGAAAUUAAAGGAGAAGUUUUCGUUAUUGACGGUCAUAGAGAGGCUAUCAUGAACUGUGUUGUCGAUGUUUUGAAUUUAAAAACAAUGUGUCAGGAUACCGAUCUAGCUGGUCAAACUGAAAAUAACGAAGAUGACGUCGAAGCCGAACAAGACGAAUUAUUAUUGGAGUCUGCUGGUGAUGUUAUACCGAAAUUUUCGGCAGCUAUACGCCCCGAUGAUUUGGCAUCGUAUUUCCCGAAUAUAUUGCAAUUAAUGUCCGCUAGGACGAAAAAGCAACAUAGUAUCGCCCAAAGAUCAUUUGCCUUCGGUACUUUAGCCGAAUGUAUGAAGUACUUGGAUAUUUAUGUAGAAAAAUUCGUUCCUACACUAUUAAAUUUAUGGUUUACUGGUGCUAGAGAUUCUGCAGGUGAAGUGAGGAAUAACGCCAUAUUCGGUUUAGGAGAAAUGAUUUUACACGGAAAAGAUAAAGUUUUUGGUCAAUAUUCGGAUAUUUUACAAGCUCUUUCAACUGCCGUUUCGAAGGAAACACAUUCAGGAACCUUAGAUAAUAUUUGCGGUGCUCUAGCUAAAAUGAUAUUAGUCAAUGCUAAUGGUAUACCAUUAGAUCAAGUUUUCCCUGCAUUUUUACAAAAACUUCCGUUAAGAGACGAUUUCCAAGAAAACGAAGCUGUCGUCAAAUGUUUUUACUCCCUGUACCAACAGGGAAAUUCAGUGCUGAAACAACAUUUAGUUGACGUUAUAAAAGUUUUAGUUCAUAUUUAUUAUAAAGGACAAACACCUAAUGAUGAUAUCAAAAAUGUAUUGGGGGAAUUUAUAAAAACUAUCAACCGCGAUUUUCCUCAAGAAUUUGCUAAUUCCGUGUCUUCCCUAGAACCAGCCGCGACAGAAUCGAUACAAAAACUAUUAUCAUCCUAAAUAAAACUUAUGUUAAAAUAACUUCGAAGCUAAGAUGUUCUAUUUUCCUGUUGUACUCCAAUUUCUGUGCUUUUUUCUUCACGAAACAGAACAAAAAUAAUUUAAUCAUAAUGUUUAAGUAUAUAUUUAUUUAUAGAAAGUUUUUACGUUUUACUCAAUUGACUAACGUUCUUUGUAAAUACCAAACUACAAAUAUCUUCAAAAUCGAAAUGAAAAUAUCAUAUUUUCACAAUAACUGUGUCACACAUUUUUGCUGAUUAAAUCUGUACAAUUUUCCUCGUCAUCUUGUAUAUUUCAUCAUCAUCGUCAUAUAGCUCCCAGUGGAGCAAAGCGCACCUGUUGGUGCUUCAGCAGUUGUAGUAAAACCAUGAGAUUGCUAUCCUCUUACAUAGUUAUGUGAGCUUCUUUUGAUGACGAGGACUCUCCAUUUUCUUCUGUUUUUAACUAUUUCUGUAGUCUCUUUCCAUGUUAAGUUACUUAUAUUCAUCAAUCUCAUUUCUUUUAAAAAUAAAUCAUGACAUAUCAAUUCAAUUGCCUUGUUUCCACUUAAUUUAAAUUUAUAGCUUCCAACUUUACAUGCAAUGAAGUGGUAAAUUAAUUUCGCACAAAGUAGAACCUUUUAAACUGAAGCAGUUACAAUUAGGAACCUCAUAAGUAGAUUAAGUGAACUUACAUCACAGUAUUAAAAUUUUAUUCAAUUUUCUUGAUUCACAUCAACAUAUUCGUGGGUAUCUAUCUUAGUAACACGACUGUUUUUCGUUUUCGUCAAAUUUAUAAGUUAAACCUCAAUAAACUGAGUUUUCUGAGGAGCACGUUUUAGUGAAUACACCAAAACCGGUGACAAUAUUUGAAAUGAAACGAGCUCCUUGGAAAAGUAUCCUACGCAAAUUUUCAGUAGUGUCUGAUACACAUAUCGACUCAGCUCUACCUAGUAUACUCUGAAAAUUAUGGAUUGAGGAUUUUAAGUCUCUUUGGUCUGAUUAGGUUUUUAGGUAGACUAAUUGGUAAAAAAUAUUUUGUUUCUGGAAAGAUAUUUGAAUUUUGGUGAAUAUUUCAUUGUGGCAUGUGCCUUUGUUAUUUUUAUAUUGAAUUUAAUAUAUAAGUUGAUGUAAUAAA